AAUCACAGUUACUGGCCUCAAACACUUUUUUCAUUUUAUUGUGGUUUAUUUAUGUCAGGAAAGGUAGCAUUUGGGAUGGGUAUGGAGACUGUGAAGUGAUUGAGAAAAUAGGGACCUUGCGUUUCUAAUCUUUUCCCUCCUAUCUAAUGGUUCGCGAUCCGUUCCAGGUUUUGCGGCUGACUCUGCCUCUGAAUUUCGGCGGUGCACUGGGUAGCACGUUUCUCUCCCUCCCUCCCUCCUUUCUCCAGUGUCAGUCUCCAGGCUUUUCUCUCUUCCUAUUUCAAGAAGACUCGCACAGGCUCCCCCAGUCUGUGUGAAGCUGAGGUUUCCCCUGGAUCCCGUACAUCUCCAUCACAUACCUCCACGCACACUCCUCCCCGAGAGCCCAGCGCUCACACCCACAAACACGCGAGCACACACUCGCGCCGGCCUGUCCAUCUCCCUCCGGGGGGAGCCGGCGCGCGGUCCCACCUUCGUCGCACACACUGGCCAGGCGAGCUCGCAGCGCUCCACGACUCUGCGGCUCGGAACUCGGACCGCUGCUCUGAACGCCCCCACUGUGGUAUUUUAAAAAAAGAAAAAAAAAAGACAUUUCUUUGCCUUCUCCUCCUCUCUCGCCUUUCUCGCACCGUUUUUUACCCGAGCGGCUAGCCGAGCCGGCUGCAUUCCCAAGCCAGCCCUGGUUGGCUUGCCAUCCUCCAUCUGGCUUAUAAAAGUUUGCUGAGCGCAGUCCAGAGAGCUGCGCGGCUCGUCCCCUCGGCUGGCGGAAGGGGGUGACGCUGGGCAGCGGCUAAGGAGCGCGCCGCAGGCUCUGGCGGGCUUUCGGCUCCAGGGGCAAGGUGAAGAGCGAGCGCACAGGGAGCUGGGGACUGCCGAGGUGGACUUGCACGUUGCACCAUGCCUUCUUGGAUCCGGGCUGUGAUUCUUCCUCUCUCCGGGCUGCUGCUGUCCCUCCCGGCCGCGGCGGACGUGAAGGCUCGGAGCUGUAGCGAGGUCCGCCAGGCUUACGGUGCCAAGGGAUUCAGCCUAGCGGACAUCCCCUACCAGGAGAUCGCAGGGGAGCACUUACGCAUCUGUCCUCAGGAAUAUACGUGCUGUACCACAGAGAUGGAAGACAAGUUAAGCCAACAGAGCAAACUCGAGUUUGAAAACCUCGUAGAAGAGACAAGCCAUUUUGUGCGUACCACGUUUGUGUCAAGGCACAAGAAAUUUGAUGAAUUUUUCCGAGAGCUGCUGGAGAAUGCAGAGAAGUCCCUAAAUGACAUGUUUGUCCGGACCUAUGGCAUGCUGUAUAUGCAGAAUUCGGAGGUAUUUCAGGACCUCUUCACUGAACUGAAAAGAUACUACACAGGGGGUAACGUCAACCUGGAGGAGAUGCUGAAUGACUUCUGGGCUCGGCUCCUGGAGCGGAUGUUCCAGCUGAUAAACCCCCAAUAUCACUUCAGCGAGGACUACCUGGAAUGUGUGAGCAAGUACACAGACCAGCUGAAACCCUUCGGAGAUGUGCCCCGGAAACUGAAGAUUCAGGUCACGCGUGCCUUCAUUGCUGCUCGGACCUUCGUCCAGGGCCUGACAGUGGGCAGAGAAGUUGCCAAUCGAGUUUCCAAGGUGAGCCCCACCCCUGGGUGCAUCCGGGCUCUCAUGAAGAUGCUGUACUGCCCAUACUGCCGAGGCUUGCCCACCGUGAGACCUUGCAACAACUACUGCCUCAACGUCAUGAAGGGCUGUCUAGCCAACCAGGCGGACCUGGAUACUGAGUGGAAUCUGUUCAUAGAUGCAAUGCUCUUGGUAGCAGAGCGACUGGAAGGGCCGUUCAACAUUGAGUCAGUCAUGGACCCAAUAGACGUCAAGAUCUCCGAAGCCAUCAUGAACAUGCAAGAAAACAGCAUGCAAGUGUCAGCGAAGGUCUUUCAGGGCUGUGGCCAGCCCAAACCUGCUCCAGCUCUCAGAUCUGCUCGCUCGGCUCCAGAAAAUUUCAACACCCGUUUUCGGCCCUACAACCCUGAGGAAAGACCCACAACUGCAGCGGGCACGAGCUUGGACAGACUGAGGACUGUGUGGAGGACCAUGCAGCAUAGUGUCACAGACAUCAAAGAGAAACUGAAGCUCUCUAAAAAGGUCUGGUCGGCAUUGCCCUACACCAUCUGCAAGGAUGAGAGCGUGACAGCAGGCACAUCCAACGAGGAAGAGUGCUGGAACGGACAGAGCAAGGCCAGAUACUUGCCUGAGAUCAUGAACGAUGGGCUGACCAACCAAAUCAACAAUCCUGAGGUGGAGGUGGACAUCACGCGGCCCGACACUUUCAUCAGACAGCAGAUCAUGGCUCUCCGGGUGAUGACCAACAAACUGAAGAAUGCCUAUAAUGGCAAUGACGUCAACUUCCAAGACACAAGCGAUGAAUCCAGCGGCUCAGGCAGCGGCAGUGGGUGCAUGGAUGACGUGUGUCCCACAGAGUUUGAGUUUGUCACCACCGAGGCCCCUGCAGUGGACCCAGACCGGAGAGAAGAGGAAUCUUCGGCAGCGCAGGGCAGCUACUCCCUGCUCUCCUGGCCUCUGGUCUGCAUGGUCCUGACCCUGCAGAGACUCCACAGAUAAUCGCGGGCUUUGGUCGAAUGAAACUGCAGUUUAGCUCUUCAGUGGCCAACUCCCUUCUUUUCUUACACUCUUGGACAACGGACCAUGCCACAAAAACUCGCCGUUUUCUAUGACAAGAGGGCAGUCUUGCAACCUGCCUCCCUUUUUGUUUUCCCAAAGAGUACCAGGUGCCAGAGGAUCUGCUUCUGUCCUUCAGCUAUCUGUGGGGACCUUGUUUAUUCCAGAGAGAAUUCUUACUCAAAUCUUUCGUACCAAGAGAUUUUUUCUUACCGUCAUUUGCUUUUAUGCUGCAAAAUUAAAGGAAUUUCACGUUGUGAGGGUUUUUUUUUCUAACACCCCACUUAGAAUAAUAUAAGAUAGGAAGAAAAUAAUUUUCCGUUUCAAAUCAGGCAAAACCCCAAGACAACUGCCUUUUCAACAAGGAAGCGAAUAAAGGAGAGAAAAUAGAGGAACUCUCAUGCUAUCAGGUUUGGCGAUGACAGCCUGGAGCGAGCUUCUCUGUGACAAGCCAAGUUUACAAAAUGCUUCUGAGGAGAAGCAUAACAUUUUUUUUUUUUUUUUUUUUUUUUUUUUGUUUUGUUUUUUUUUUUUGUUUUUUCGAGACAGGGUUUCUCUGUGUACCUUUGCGCCUUUCCUGGAACUCACUUGGUAGUCCAGGCUGGCCUCGAACUCACAGAGAUCCGCCUGGCCCUUUUAAUGUGGUGGAAAUACGCUGUUGUCUUGGAGGUAUUGUCUUGCACUCAGCCCAAACCGAUUUGGAGGUACUGAUAGUAAAUUUAGGAUUCUGUCUUUAUACAGCGGUAAUCUUAUUGCGACUUGACGCCUCUCUUUCACCCGCCUGAUGGCGCUCACUGAUGGCAGCAUUUUCUGUCUCCUAACACCUGUCCAUUGUAGCCAAUUGGCACCGAUUGUCUUCAGUUCUUCAUGGAUGGCCCUGUCAAGUCUUCUUCCUCCUAGGUCUUGACUAAGAAUCAUCUUCAUUGGUACAGUCUCUACAUUGGCCACCAGUCCGACAUGAAUUAGACAUCUCAGCUCCUCGGCUCCUGACUGUCCCCCAAAUAAGAGUUCUCUUACUGACAAUGACAAUUAGCUCCACACAUGAGCUUUUGUUACAGACUCUUUGAUUUGUGUCAAUUGGUUUCUGCAUCACGAGGGCAUUCUCUUACAAAAUAACUCACAACAACAAAAAAAAACAACUCAAGAUAAAAAAAAGAGAGAAAAAAACACUAUAUAUAUAGGAUUGACAUGGAGAUUUCUUUCACUUUUUUAGUCUUAGUAUGAUCAUCUAUUUUUAUAUCAAUAUAUAUAUAUAAAUCACAGAUUUUAACUUCUUAAUUCCAAGCUCAGGGUUGACACUCCUUUGUAACAAAACUGUUUUGUCAACCAGCUCUUCUUGUUUUGUGCUGCUCAGAGAAAGGAUUCCUCAGUGAUCUGUGAGCACCAAGAAUCAAGAAAGAGAACUUUUUAUGUAUCUAACUGUCCAUCUAUUCCAAGUUUGCCAGGGCACACCCUUUUCACACAAGUGUGUUUUGUCCCUGGUGCUCCAAACUGUCCUGAGCUCAGGGGACAAGCCCUGGUGUGCAAGAUGUUACUGGCAAUGGAAUGUGUGUGUGUAAAGAAUGUUAUUCAUGAAACACCAUUGCUCUCAUGUACAACACCUUUGGCCUAGGACUCCUGAUGGGUACUAUAGUAAAUGACCUAAACUCCGCUACAGCCUAACCUCCCCACAAAGCCAGGCCCAAUGCUUCCCCCGUCAGAGAGAAAAACAAAACAAACAAACAACAACAAAAAAAAAAACCAAACCGGGGUUAUAGGAAGACAGUUGGCUAGCCAUGUGGUUUUGGUUUUUUGGAUUAUUCCUUUUGCUUUAUUUCGGAUUUUGGUUUUGGUUUUUAUGAUGCAUCUGGAAUAGGGAGAAGAAGUAUUUUAAGACACCACCGCAUACCAAUCACAUUUUAACUGACUCAUCGACAGUAUUGACACAUAAAUGGUUCUAUCUCUAUUCUCAUCAAAAUUAAAAUUAGUUAUCGAUUUCAUCAUCAUCUCUAAGUAGAACACAUGUAGUAGUAUUAAGUGUAUUUGAGCACUUUUGAAAACAAAACAUAUUUACAAGCAUCUGUUGCUACUUUAUGCCUAAAAAAUAUGAAGUAUAGGAUUCUGAGAGACUUUGCAGCAUCUUUCAUUUACAUUUGUGUGAAGUUAACACUUAAUCAAAUCCAGAAUCGCAUCCUUUUGGAAAGCCGUCCAGCUCACCGCCCCCUUCAGCUUCUCAUCACCACUUGCACAUAACACAUCUUUGGGAAGGACCAGUCAUUUACGUUACUCAGCUCAAUGUAUGUUCAGAAAUCAGUACUGUUUUUCUCCAAUAAUUAUGGUGCAGUACAAAUUAAAUCAACUUUGAUUCUCCAGGAUAUUUGAGUAAUAAUUUUUUAUGGCUUUAAGCUCCAACUCUCUUUUAAAAAUAUUUCUGAAUUAUCUUCUGUAACACAAGUCAAAGAUUCUUAUUUUUUACAGUGCUUUUGCCUCCAAAUGUUUUUUUUUUGCAUGCAUAUGACAACACAUUACAUUAGUGAAUGUGAAGCCAUGUUCUGUGCACAUUAAUCACACAGAUAAUAUAAAAAUGCCUGUUUCCUUUGUUUCGACAACUGUACUCUCAAAGGUAUUCCUAUUGACAAGAAGUAGUAAUGCAUAUGAGUCAGGCCAGAGUUGAAAUGAGGAUUGGCCGACACAGCCACAUCAUUAGUCACCUUGCAUGGACACGGUCAAAUUGUUAUUCACUUGAACUUCCCAGUGAUUGUCACCACCCAUCAUACGGUUUUGUUCUUUCUGUUCCCUAAGCCUUUUCAAUGAGUUCCCCCUUUUCAGUACUGUGGAAUCCUCCUCCCAAAUAAAUUCUCAUUUCAGCAAUGAUAGGGGAUGUGUUCACGUUCCAUUGUCAUUCAUGGCCGGCCCUCAUUUGUGAUGAUGUCCCCUAAAUUCUGUGAUCACAUCAUAACUUGUGUUAUGAGUAGAGAGGAAUGGGACCCGAAAAUUGGACACUAGAAAUUGGUGGGUGGUGCUCAUAACUGCAAACACUUAGCUUAUUGAAGUGCCUCUAUUUACAUGUUCUUUAGUUAUAGUAUGUAUUUUUCUAACAGAAGUACAUGUCUGCGAUUGGUGUUUAUUACACUUUGUAUAUGUUACAACAAAGGCUAAAUGGAGACUAAUGUCUUCAGCAGAGAAGAGUGAACUGUAAAUUGAUGAAUACGAGCCCAAUGGUCCGGGACCAACAGCCCCCAGACAGCCUUCUGUCACUGCAGCCACCACAGACUAGCACUGGAAGCCUGACUCCCUUACUGUGAUUGGCCCAAGGAGGAAGGUGACAGGAAUCACCUGCUUCUGUCUACACUGAAAAACACUAUUCAUUGAUGAGCAGCAGUCUUUUUAAAAGGAACAUUCUUUAAAUCAAACACAUUGGAAAUGCUAUUGGAUGCAGAACCAUAAAACUUGAGUUCCAUUCCCUGCUACAGACAUUAGCCUUCUUUAAUUCUUCUCGCCAUUACAUACAUAUUUUGGCUACGGACUAAGCACCAACUUAAGUCCUCAAGGAGGAAUAAAACUUGGUAAAAUCCUGGCUUGCAAGUCUUUCCUCACCCCUUUCUGCAAGGCUAGUUAUCAGGUAGUUUGUCUUGGGGUUUCAAGCGGUAACAAACGCAGGAUUUGACUGCUCCAAACUCUUGCAGAUACUCAAGCUCAUGUUCUUUGACUUACAAUCACUAACAUAUUUAAAUUAAAACAAUAGUGUAGCCUUGCAACCAGAAGAGGAAAGCAGUCCAUAACUUUUAAAUCUGCAAUAUGUUCCUCCUUGGUAGAGAUAUUAGCCAGUGCUUAGUUUUAGGCCAACUUAUACAAACCGAGUACUGAUUUGUACGCAUUCUGGAGACUUGCUAUGUCAUAAUUUGCUACAGCCCAGAUUCAGCUUAGGAUGGGAAUGCUUGAGACUUCCUUGGGAGUAGAGUGGGUACUGGAAUCUUUGGCAUUGCCUUGUAAUGAAGGACUUCAUGAGCAACACCUGAGGAAGGUACCGCAGUGCAGUCUCUGUGUGCACAUACAGAACACACAUGCAGGAGAAAUGUGUGCACCAAUCAAACCUAAAAUUUUAUGUGACUGUCAAAUGACUAUUAUUUGGGUUAAGAUUUUUCAUUUCUGAUUUGGAUAGAAAAUUGCUAUUAAUCUUGUAUUAAAAUAGUUUUUAAAAAUCUA